CCCAGAAGCAAUCUUAAAAGCCUGACAGGAAUACCAUCGGCACCGAUCGCGUUGCAGUAUUGUCCAAUGAAGACAGUGCCUUGUACGGCUUGCUCGUUUGCUACCGGUGCCAACUCGAACGUCGCCGAAGGUAAAUGUUUUUGUGUGGUCUCAAUAGAUGUAGUCGAGACAUUAGACGUUGUGGCUACGUAGUGGGAUUCCGCCAGGACAGUUUGUGCCACCCUAUUGUAAAAUGCUUGUUUAGUAGUGUGGUCUACAGGCAACUCUCUUUUAAUUAACGAACACCUUACUAUAAGACGAACACCUUGCUAAAAGGGACGCCUAGAGUUGAUAUCUGCACUUGACUGCAUUUGACAGUUGACUGAAUGCAUAACAAAUGUGGGGGGCUAAGCAGAAACCUUUUUUAAAGUACUUCGGAGCUGGCCAACUCUUGCUCACUGCUAUUUCAAGCGCGCCGUUGAAAUCAGUUAAUUAUUGUAGCCAGGUAACGCAGCCGACAUACGGUAUGCGUAUGGCUUGGAUCUAAAGGACCCUAAAGUAAGACAAUGGUAAGACUUAACGUUUUUGAAAACACAAAACAGAAAACAACCUAAGAAGGAUCAAUUUCUAAAUUACUCUUCUCUUGUUGCAAGAGUCAAGCAUCACAAACGGUUUUUCCGUUUACUGUUCAUUUGAAUUCUUCAGCCUUUACCUCAUUCGACAUGACUCUAAAAAUCUCUCUGAUGUAAGAAAAAAGUAAUAAUAAUAAUAGCCUUCACCUUAAACUUUUCCUUUACACAGCAACAAUCGACACCAACGAAGCCAACUUGGUAUUCGGACAAUGUUACCUCCCCGGUCACACAGGUUUUUUUGAAUCCAAAUUUACCUUCGUGGGGAAAAUGGCAGGCUUCAGUGUCUGGGAUUAUGCCAUGAGUGACCAAGAUAUCUCCGAACUAUUCAAGUCGUGCGCUGCCGGAGAGGGGAACGUUAUGUCCAUGGCUGACUUUCAGGGAAGUGGAAAAGUGCAGAAAAUCCAAGGACCUUGCCAAUCUAAGUAA